CCGCUUUUUACGUCCAUGGGAGCAACCGGAGCAACUAUGCUGCGCUCCGCCUCCGCGUAUCCGGAAGUUGCGUCCUGAUGGAACUUCCGGCGUCUCUGGAGCAACACUGGGUGUCACGGAGUUCGGGCCCCUCACGGACAGGUCCUCCGCGCAGGGGUUAUCCGUGUCCGGUCAUUACGGAGCACCUGUCAUCACGGAAAGGACGAGAGUAGCGUGUAAAUGCGAGCGACAACGAACAUGGACCUGACUUGCCAGAAUUCUAGCAUAAGCGUUGAUUAUUUGCUCAGCCAAUUGAAUACAGCUAGACAAGAGAUUAAUAAUCUGAGACAGCAAGUGAAAAGCCUUAAGUAUAUACUUGAUAAAGAUGUUGAUAAUAUCAAACGCCUGUUGGAAUUACAAAAACGUGGGGAAACCCUUCCGCAGUCCAAACUAAUAUCUUCGGAAGAAGCGAAGCCCGGCACAAGUAAAGAUCAAGAUACUCUUAAAUUGAAACCCAUCGGCGUCAUUUCCACUUGGUUUCCCAAUAAAAGAGCAACUCCGAGACAACCUGGCGUAUGCGGGAGAGUACCAGGGAAGCUGACGCUUUACAAUUCUGUAUUUACAAAUCCGGAUCACGCCUUACAGGGCUUGCAAGACUUUUCCCAUAUGUGGAUUUUAUUUCACUUUCAUAGAAACGACUCGACCCACACCCGUGCGAAGGUAGCACCACCGAGAUUAAAUGGCAUGAGAACAGGCGUAUUUUCUACACGCUCUCCGCAUCGACCGUGCCCCAUUGGCCUUAGCCUGGUUAAGAUACUAAAAAUUGAAAAUUAUACGAUUUAUUUCGAAGGGGUUGACAUGGUCAAUCAAACUCCCGUUCUAGAUAUAAAGCCAUAUAUACCACAGUACGACAGUCCAUUACAUAUCGAAAAACUAGGCAAUAGGCUGAGAGAGAACAACGUGAAUGCCUCGGACACAUUUCACAAUGCGGAAGAAACCUUCAACUUGAGUGAAGGCCAAUCGGUUGACUCUUUUAAUAACGACACGGACAUCAACAACGACGAACAGACUGAGCUUGAUAUUUCCAGAGACGAGGAAAUAGCCUUGAGACUCCAAGUAGAAGAAUUUCAAGCUUAUCCGAAUCUCAAUGGUUACGAUAUUGCCAGACAACAAUCUUCCCAAUCGACAGAAGCUCAUGCUAAUACUUCGUUACAAAAUGACAUCAACGUGGACGUACACAGAGAAGCAUACUUUAUACGAAAUAGAACACCCGACACGAGACCAAGCUUGGAUUCUUCUAACGAGCAUAAUGCAACGUUAAUAGUUGAAUCGCAAACAGACUCCAUUAGAGAUUUAAAUAGUAGAUUACACAGAAUAGAUAUAAAUAAUUCCGGUAAUGCAGAUUCAUCGCGUACGGAAAGUGAUAACGACAAUGAGAUUAAUUACACCGAAAAUCAGACGUUACGUAAUUCUAGACUAUUAGACGGAGCGGAUGGACCAAGCACGGUAUGCGGUACCGAUAUAGAUUUAGUCAAUCGUCAUGUGUUGCACGCCAGAGUCGAUAAUUCUCCCGUAAGAAUGGGAAUACGCGAAGCGCCCGAUGGAGAGGAGGGACUCGAGUCCCAAACUUUGACGCCAUCGCGCACCUUGCCAGAUAUUCACGCUGCAACAGCUGUAUCGUCUGCGUCGAUGAACGCAGCGACGGAGAGUAACUUUUCCGAGAUAAGAGUACCGGACUGGAUCGCGCAACCUCGUACAGCCUCGUUGUCCGUGAUCUUCAACGAACGCGCCUUGAUGCAAUUAAACGAGAUUUUAGAUGACAAGGUUGACGAGCAAAAACAAGCUAUAGAAAAUGUACUGAGGGAAGAUCCUAGGUCGGUGUAUUUAAGACAGAGAUGGGGAGGUAAUCAAUUCUAUACCUUUUUGAUACACGACCUGCACAUCACGUGCCGAUUCGACGAUAGCCGAGGUAUCGUCACUGUAUUCCAAGUUCGACAUGCGGGUCGCACCUGCGAUUGCGGCGAGCCCGAAUGGCAAUGCUUGGGACACUCUCCUCUAUCUUAAUAUGUUAUAUUAAUGGACUUGAAAAGAAAGAAUAUAAAUAUAUUAGGAAAGAGAAAGGAGAGAAAAGUAAAAUUCCAUCACUGUAUCGCGAUUUAGUAUAUAAAAUAGCGCAAUUGUUAUUUAUUUACGUUUAUGUUUUUAAGUAGACAUGUUUUUACUCUUGUAAAAUUAAACAUCUUUUUGUAACAGUUAUUCAGUUGAUCAGGGCAUUAUAAAAUGAAAGUAACUUAAUGAAACAUCUCAUAUAUAUAAGUAUAACUUCAGUGCAAGUGUACGAGUUCCUAUAUUUUGUUAUGUGCGAAUUUAUGUCGUUUAUAUUAAAAGGAAUUUAUA